AUGGUACUAUUAAAUACGAAGAAGUCAAUAUUUUUUAUAAUAAUCUUCAACACAUGUUGCUUAACUAUUUAUAUAAAUGGGGAGGAUUCCAGUGAUUCUGAUGAUGAUCGUCUAAAACAAGCGUUAGUUUUAGUUGAUAUUUUAAAAUUAGAGUACGUGAAAACUCUGCGGGAAAAUGAAAUUUUUCGGAAAAAGGUACCUGCUUCCUCGGAAGAACAAUCAACCUGUGCCUCUACUACAGAAGGAAUCUUAAACGUAUCACAAUACAAUGUUACUAGUAAUAACAUAACAAUCGUAUCGACAGCGACGUCUCCGUUACCGCCUAAACCUACGUUAUCUCAAGAACAAACAACAAUCGUUAUAUCACAAUCACAACCAACACCGCUUGGGCCAAAAUUGCCUCUGUCGCCUGUUUAUGCUAAAAGCUGGCCCUCUGCAACAAUUCUACAACCGCAAAAUCCUCAAGCAGUCGGCAAUGUACAAUGGGUAUCCGAUCGACCACAACUACAACCCUUAGGAGAACGACAACUAUUGAACGGUGGAUAUAGGCGUAUGCUACCCAGGGAUUAUUACUAUUAUUUCGAUAAUCCUAUGAGCAUUGAUGGAAAUGCCAAUAUUAGACAAAUGCCAUUUUUUUACAGAAGGAUGCCUAAUGGAGAUUCAAGAUUACAAUAUGGGGAUCCAUCAUUGAGCUCACCAAAUUUAAUAAAUAGUGUUAAGAACUAUGUCACAACUGCAACUCCUGUUAGACUUACUACGACGUCUGCGGUUCAUGAAACAAAAUAUGUCAACGAAAAAAUACAGAGCACAAAAAAAGAACAACCAAAGGUAAUAACUAACAAGAAUGGCCGCAGAAGAAAUCCUAUAUUAGAUCAAGUUGCACGAGAGUUGAUUAACGAAGUAGGUGCCGCCGGAGAAGACAUCGAAAGAGUUACCCCUAUCAAAAUUAAACACAAUACCGUAAAAAAACUGUUGCGAUCAAAUGUUAUGAAAAACAAUGUAAACCAUAAAAGGACAUUCACUAAGACCACAAUUAGAGUACAUAUGGAUAGAAGCACAAGACUGCAGCUGCCGUUAUCAGAAAAUAAUGCCUUCUGCUUCCUAAGUCCGAAAAGUGCUCUUUGUCGUUCAUCGAUAUAA